UUUCACUUUCAUUUAGGCUACUUAGGAUCUGUUUUCAAUCGUAUCAUGAUUUUUCUGUGUAAAUAAUUUAUUUGUGAAACCAGAAUUCAACAUGUCACAAACAGAGUAUGCAAAUGUCCAUCAAUCUUGUAAAGACAUCAUUAUGGUGCUGCUGGGCAUAAACAGCGAAGACAAGUGUACGAUAGGCAAUGCAAUUGUCCAAGAAGAUUGCUUUGAUGCUGAAAAUGAAAUGCGGGCAAAGCUGAAACAAGUAGAUGAUCAAUUAGUCUACGUUAUCAACACUCCAGAUAAAUUAGAGUGGCUGAACUCAAAAUCAAAAGACCCCAGAGAAGAGCUGAAGCCAUCAUAUCCAGGUCCACGUGUGUUUCUCUUGGUACUGCAGGAGGACAAGCUGACACAAAAAGAAGCAGAGUUGUUUCGCCAACUGAAAGUGAGAUUUGGAGAGACAAUGGUAGAAAACACAAUCAUUGUGCUGAUUAGUGAAAGAGGGGAAAGUUUUAAAGAGCUAUAUGAGCGAGCUGAUGAGAAACUCAAAAAACUUGUGGAUGAGUGCAGAAAUAGAGUUUGUGUUCACAAGAAAGAUAAAGGCAUAAAUAAUACUGAGCUCAUCAAACAGAUAAUGGAGAUAUGUGAUCAAAUGCAGAAGCUGGAUCACGAAUCAACCAACACUGCAUCUGAUGAUGACAACCUGUAUAAGAAUGUUGCCAACACUGAACUGAUGAAGCAGAUGGAUGAAAACAAAGAGGAAAAUGUCCAGGCAUCUUCAGGUGACUACAUCACAAUGGUGUUGCUGGGAAAGAACAACAAAUGCAAAUGUCUGAUAGGAAACAUCAUUUUUGGGAAAGAAAAAUUUCAUUCAGAAGAAGUCACUUGUGAGACAAACAUGGGGAAAGUGGCCAAUGAAAGUGUUUCUAUCAUCAAAACUCCAUACCCUUUCAAUUCAGAUCCAAUGAUUGACAGCAUAGAGCUGUUGAAGCCAUCAUACGCAGGUCCUCGUGUAUUCCUCUUGAUACUGAAAGAAAAUAAAGUGUCUCCUGAAGAGAAAGAGAUGUUUACCCAACUGAAGCAAAGGUUUGGGGAACAAAUGGUGGGAAAUACAAUUGUGUUAUGUAACAAAGAAAUGAAGCUGUCUUCAGGAUCAAUGGACAAAUCUAGUGUGACCUUCAAACGUGUCUCUCAUAAACAGCUUCUAGAAGAGUGUGGUAACAGAUUUUACCUUUACAACAAACAAACAACAAAAAAUGAACUUGUCAAACAACUGAUGUACUACACAAAGAUAAUUAUGGAGAAGAAUCGGGCUUCUCAAUCUGUAGAAGAAAGGACAUACAAUAAUAUUUCUCCUGCAAAUAUUUAUAUGAAGACCAUGCUAACACCAGCACUAAAUAUAAUAUCAGCAGAGGAAAUAGUUCAGCAAUCUCGUAAAGUCAUCACAAUGGUACUGGUGGGAAUAAACAGCGAAGACAAGUGUAUGAUAGGCAAUGCAAUUCUCCAAGAAGAUUGCUUUGAUGCUGAAAAAGAAAUGGAUAUAUGGCUGAAACAAGGAGAUGAUCAAUCAAUCUGCAUUAUCAACACCCCAGAUCAUUUUCAUUUGCUGACUCCAAAAUCAAAAGCGACGAGAGAAGAGCUGAACCCAUCAUAUGCAGGUCCACGGGUGUUUCUCUUGGUACUGCAGGAGGUCACGCGGACACAAACAGAAGUAGGGAUGUUCAAACAACUAAAAGCGAGAUUUGGAGAGACAAUGGUGGAAAACACAGUCAUUGUGCUGGUUAGUCAUAGAGAUGAAAGUUUAGGGCUAUAUGAGCGAGCUGAUGAGAAACUCAAACAACUUCUGCAUGAGUGCAGAAAGAGAGUUUGUAUACACAAGAAGAAUAAAGGGAUAAAUGAUACUGAGCUCAUCAAACAGAUAAUGAGAACAUGGGAUGAAAUGCAGAAGCAGGAUUAUGAAUCAACCAGCAUUGCAUCUGAUGAUGACAACAUGUCUGAAAUGAUUGAAGACACUGAACCGAUGGAGCAGGAGCUUAAGUGUACAGAGGAAAAUGUUCGGGCAUCUUCAGGUCAAUACACGACUGUCAUGUUGCUGGGAAAGAGCAACAAAUGCAAAUGUCUGAUAGGAAACAUCAUCAUUGAAACAGAGCCAUUUCGUCAAGAAAUCAUCAAAUGUGAGAUAAAUAUGGGGAAAGUAGAAGAUGAGAAUGUUGUCAUCAUCAAAACUCCAUACCCUUUCAACUCAGAUCCAAUAACAGACAGCAUAGAGAUGUUGAAUCCAUCAUAUACAGGAUCUCAUGUUUUCCUCCUGGUAUUGAAAGAAAAUAAGGUGUCUUCAAAGGAGUUAGAGAUGUUUAACCAACUGAAGCAGAGGUUUGGAGAACAAAUGGUGGAAAACACAAUUGUGUUGUGUAACACUGAAACAAAGAUGUCUGCAAGUUUAAAGGAAAUAACUUUUAAAAAUGACUCUCAUAAACAGCUUCUAGAAGAGUGUGGAAACAGAGUUUGCUUUUAUAACAAACAGACAACAAAAGGUGAAUUGGUCAAACAUUUAAAGGGCCACAUAAAGGAAAUUAUGGAGAAGAAUCAGGCUUCUCAAUCUGAACAAGGUGGCACAAGGUAG